AUGGAUGAAGAGGUGCAGCAGCAGGCUUGUUGCGAACAGCUUCACAAGUAUUCGCCUCUAAACCUAGUGGGAUCCGGACUCCAGUAACAACCGAAAAAAAUGCGUUUGACUACGACGCACAAGUGCACAGGAUUCGGAAUCCAGGAGAUUCUGGGCUUGAAUAAGGAGCCGCCCGCGGUUACGCGGCGUCCAUUGGAAUCUUUGCCGCACAGGGCGCACCUUCUGGCGGCUAGAUCGGUUUUGGACUCGGCGGGAGUCGGGAUUGGGAUGGGAAUUAUUGGUCCAGGAGGAGGAAUUCAUUCGUUUUACAGCCAGCCUGCCUUUCUGGAGGCGUUACAGGAGGCGCAGAGUGUUCACCUUCAGCCGCUCAACGGGGCCAGGGCAAUGGGACAGCUUGAUGCGCAAUACUCCGCAAGCUGCUCUGAUUCAGAUGACAUAUCCUCCAGUGAAAAGACAUUUUCCAAAUCAUCGAUGAACCAAAACAAGAACAGAAAGAAGAGACGACACAGGACUAUAUUCACGUCAGAUCAGCUGGAUGAGUUGGAGAAGGCUUUCAACGAGGCCCACUACCCCGAUGUUAACGCCAGAGAGAUGCUCUCCAUGAAGACUGAACUUCCAGAGGACAGGAUACAGGUUUGGUUUCAGAACCGCCGUGCCAAGUGGAGGAAGAGGGAGAAGUGUUGGGGUCACAGCAGUGUGAUGGCGGAGUACGGCCUGUACGGUGCCAUGGUCCGCCACUCCAUCCCUCUGCCCGAGUCCAUCCUCAAGUCAGCCAAGGACGGCGUCAUGGACUCCUGUGCCCCAUGGCUACUUGGUAUGCACAAGAAGUCCACAGAUACCCCUGUUCCGACCUCUCCUGUGAAACUGGAAGCUCCCCUCUCCAAACUUCCUUCCAGGGAACGAGAGAGGGAGGGAGUGGUGGAGCGAAAGGUGGAGGAAGAGGAGGAGGAGGAGAGGAGAGAGUAUACCAGAUCGCCCAUAUCCAAAGAGGAACUGAGAGAGAAUAGCAUCGCAGCACUCAGGGCUAAAGCUCUGGAACACAGCGCUAAGAUGCUGGGGACACAUCCUGAUGACGGACCACUGGGGACAGUUUCAGGGGACGUACCAGAGGGGCAGAGACAGCCGACGGAGACAGAGGACAAACAGACAGAAGGACAGUUGAAUCCUGCAGAGAAGAUAGAGUCCAGUCACUGAUAUGAACGCAUUCUUCUAAAGACUAUGCUAGGGUCUGUUGAUGCCCUCUCUGUAAAGAACACUGUUUACAUACUCCUGACAUCCAUACUAUUAUAAAAAGAUAGUAUUAGUUACAAUACACAUUAUUCUUUCUAGCAAAAAAUAGUCAUAAUGUUCCUAUGACACCAAUACCGGAUAUCGUCAACCUCCACAAUCUUCCUGUCAUGGGGAUUCAUUUUGUCCAGAUCAAAUGUUCCAUCAUGGGAAUUCCAACUCAGUAAACUGCUACAACUAUACCCUGGUCUAUACCUGUCUACUAUGUUGUAAUCUGGCAGCUAUUUGGCAGCUUGCUAUUGUACAACUCUAAGAAGACUUAACUAUUUGGUUUACAUGGAUCAGUCUUUGCAUAUUGUCCUGGCCCAUAUUAUUUUCCGAGGUAAUACAACUCUAAGAAGACUUAACUAUUUGGUUUACAUGGAUCAGUCUUUGCAUAUUGUCCUGGCCCAUAUUAUUUUCCGAGGUAAUACAACUCUAAGAAGACUUAACUAUUUGGUUUACAUGGAUCAGUCUUUGCAUAUUGUCCUGGCCCAUAUUAUUUUCCGAGGUAAUACAACUCUAAGAAGACUUAACUAUUUGGUUUACAUGGAUCAGUUUUUGCAUAUUGUCCUGGCCCAUAUUAUUUUCCGAGGUAAUACAACUCUAAGAAGACUUAACUAUUUGGUUUACAUGGAUCAGUCUUUGCAUAUUGUCCUGGCCCAUAUUAUUUUCCGAGGUAAUAAAGUCAAACCACACGAGGUGAAAGAUAAAUGUGCUGAUGAAAAUGCUGUGGAAUAAUGUGAACAUCAAGAGACUCAUCUUGAGAGGAUGCAUGAACAUUUUUUACACACAAAAUAGACUCAUAGACUUAUGUACAUUUAAAUAGACUUAAAUGUACACCUGCUCGUCUAACAUCUCAUUCCAUUAACAUGGAGUUGGUCCCCACUUUGCUGCUACAACAGCCUCCACUAUUCUGGGAAGUCUUUCCACUAGAUGUUGGAA